CGGUAGUUGAACGGGCUAUAUGUAGAUCCUAAGAUCACUGUUCAUUAAACGAAGAGGUCGCUCGAAAACCACUAGUUUUUUACCAGAUAAAAGCGGGCGCGGCAUUAUUGCGCUUUACAACGGGAACUCGUUUCGGCUCUUGCAUCAGUUGAACACGAGACGUCGGUGCCGCAGUUGUUCUUUGUGUCGCCUCUAACCUAACCUGUUGAGCGUCUCUGCGCGUCCUCCGAGCAACGUUUCAUAUUUUAACGGACAGUUUCGUCGCGAGUAACCCGGAGAAAGAAAAUCAACGAAAAUGGGUUGCGGAAUGGGAAUGAUAAAAUACCUGCUCUUCAUAUUUAAUUUCAUCUUUGCGGUAUGUGGCUUAGGUAUCCUGGCUCUUGCUGUCGUUUUACACCUUCAGCUCUCACAUGCAACAAAAUUCAUGGACACGAAUUUUAUGUUCCCGUCGAUAUCAUUGAUGGUUAUCGGUAGCAUUAUUUUCUUGGUUUCGUUCUUCGGAUGUUGCGGUGCCAUUCGGGAAAGUCAUUGCAUGACUAUUACAUUUGCGUCGUGCCUUCUUUUCAUCUUGCUUAUACAAGUGGCGAUCGCAGUAUACUCUUUCGUUGUUCUUUCAAACGACGACAAUCGCGCAAUCAUUGCGGAUGGUUACAAAACGAUAUUCGAGAGAUACUAUACAAAUCAUGAAGACGAAGGUUUCGUGGACUUCAUUCAAAAUGAAUUACAUUGCUGUGGUGUUACCUCUUCGAGUGAUUUCAACCAUCUUCAAAACUCUACCGGUACCAUUCCUCCGAGUUGCUGCGGUAAACAAAGAGAUCAGAGUUGUGCAGCAAAUGAGUCGUAUCCGAAUGGUUGUGGGCCUCAAUUAACAGAUGCCUAUAAAAAGGCAGGAACUGUGUUAGGUGGUGUUGCUAUAGGCAUUGCUGGAGUCGAGUUGCUCGGCAUAAUUUUCUCACUUUACUUGGCGAACUCCAUUAAGAACGCCGAGCGCAGAGGUUACAGAGUGUAAAAAGCUUAACAAGCGUAAGGAGAAUUAUAAACAUUACGCGAAACAGUAAUGGAAUUAUAACACUAUUUUACCAUAAUUAAAAUUACAGAUUGCAAUGCAACAAAUUUAGACAGUUUGUACAAAUGAUGAAGGAGUAAACGAGAUGCGGGGAAAGUGCCUUUCAUUUUAAUUUGGAAUAUAAUUUCGCUUUAAGCUUUUGACCUUUGUAUGUGAUAUUGAAUGUAUAAACAUAUUAUUUAAUGUAUUUUUUACUUUGAUAUUUUCAUUAAUUUGAAUAUAUUUUUUAUCCAUGAUAGGUGGAACACAGUAGUAAUAAUAUUAAUAGUAAUAAUAAUAAUAGUAAUAAUGAUAAUGAUAAUAAUAAUAGUAAUAAUAAUAACAAUAACAAUAUCAACAAUCGGUGCAAAAUGUUUCUAGAGGCCCGGCAGUUAUACUUUGUUCUUAAAUCCUAUAAUACUAAAUAUAACUUACCUAGCAUUUGUGCACAUAAUUCAGAAAGAUCGAUUUCCAAUCACCCGGAACAAUAAUUCAAAUUUGUUCUUUUUUUUUUUUUCUGGAAUUUAUAAUUCGCAAUCUCUUAAAUGAGAAGUUAUAUUCUAAUGUAAUUUAACUCGAGUAAUGAAAUACUAAAUCACAGUGAGUGUUACGUAGUCCCGCGAUUCUGUAAAAAAAUAUUUUUAUAAUAACAUUUUGAUAAUUCCAUUAUUAUUUUCGGAGUGUAAUAUCGAAUCAUAUACAUUUCACAUUUAAUAAAAUCUAUUAUGCCCAAA